AUGAAUGAGGUUCUCACAAAUGGCUCGCGUCCAUCCCCCACCCCAUCGAAUCCGCCUUCUACCGUUCGAAAUUCCGUCUCCGUCUCCGAUCUUCCAAAUGUCAACACGGCAAGCGAAAUCCGUUGUUUUUGCGGCUACGAUUCCGAUGAUGGUUUCACAAUACAGUGUGAGAGAUGCCUUCACUGGCAGCACGCGCGUUGUGUCAAUAUAAACCAGAAUAGUGUCCCGGAGACCUUCAUCUGCUACUAUUGCGAAGUCCGGGAUCUGACGCAGGCCGAUAUCACAAGGGCGAGAGAAUACCAGUUGAAGGAAAUUGGCGGCGGUCCGAAGAAGACCCAAACCCAGGCCAAACGGGGAACCGGGGCUUCUCAUCGAAGGCGUGACACUAACGGUGCCGGUCAUUCGAGAAGUUAUUCGGAAAGUACAUCACACAAACUCCAAACCCCUAAAGACCACCCUGCCGGAAAAUCGAGAGGACGGCAGCGGCAAAUAUCCACACAAGCACACACGAACCUACCAGAUACAUCCGCCUCUCCCGAUGAACACUCGCCGACAGGGAAGAGCCCAAGCAUGGAACGGGAACUUGGUUCUGAUUCUGAGGUCCCACCGUCAGUAUACACCAAGGAAUACAGUCCUAUUACAUGUAACACCAUAGUUUCUCCCGAGGUUGACCACAAGAUCAAGACCUGGACCCACGAUGCUGUCAAUAACCGUACCAAAACCACGGAUGCCUCGCUCCCAUGUAUCCCUCGAAGAUACUCAAGUUCUGAAUUCCACGAACUGAUACCUUCCGGGCACACUGUGAGAUAUGUAUCAUCACCAGAAGAACUAUCUUCCAUCGGCCUCCCCCUCAUUCGACUAGUCGCCGAUACACCUUCCAAAGCGGACCAAUUUGUCAUUGAAUACGUCGGCGAGAUCGGAUCGAAAACCAGUUACAUUCAGGAUACUCUCAACCAGUACGGAAGGAUACGUCACCCUAAGGCUUUCGUCCUGUUUCACCCCCAGCUCCCGAUCUAUAUCGACGCAAGGCGAUGCGGUUCCGAAGCCCGUUUCGUACGGAGGAGCUGCCGACCCAACCUCAAGUUUGAGACUAUGGUCAUCGACGGUACCGACCUGAAAUUCGCUCUAUACACGAGCCAACCCAUAGAGCGUGGUGCCGAACUCACCAUCGGCUGGGAGUGGGACAAUACCCUCCCAUUCGCAAGAUUAUUGGACGAUGCCGCCACGGUCGAAGAACUCGAACCCGAGUUGGUACAAAGGAUGAAGACUUGGGCCGAUACGGUCACAGCUACUGUCGGUGAAUGCGCCUGUCCUGAUAGCGAUGUAUGCUUAAUGGCAAGACUAAAAGGGGAUGCCCCGGUCGGAAAAUCGAAAAAGGUGUCCAAGUCGGGGACUAAGCGUCGCUGGCGGGAGAUGCACGAAUCUAAUUCCACCGGUCGGGAAAUGAGCCCUGAGAAGCACGAUCCCGAAGCAAAAUAUAAACGCCGCUCAUCCAGCACGUCAUCCCAUCGCAAGUCUGAGAGUAGAGACAGAACUCCGACUUAUAUCACUGCUGAUAUCACACAAAGCAGCGUGAUAACAGACCAGAAUUCAUCCGCAAGAGAGGCUCGGAAAAUGAAGGAUACUAUCAAUCUCAUCGAGAAACUAACCAAUCCAGAGUCAUCGCAUAACAGGGGGAAGCGAGUAAAACGUUCUGGGCUACCACCAUCGGUCCAAUCAGCUUCUACAUUAGAUUUUCCGGAGAAAUUACCCAAACCCGUUGCAGAGCCAGGACCAAUAGCAGCUCCUUCGGCUGUUGGACAGGCCACGGGGCCGAACAAGGCAUUGAACUCCAAUCAGAGCAGCCCCGGCAAGCAGGUCAAUGGGACAUCGCCACCCCGACUUGGUCCGAAAGUAUCUUAUGUCGACGGCGGUGUACAAACCGAUGUUGACAUCACCACCCGUGCUCCUAUCCACUCACUCCCAACCAGUCGAAAAAUGAGGAUCUUGGCACAGUUCCGGGCACAAAGUGCACAGCGUGAGAACGCCUUGAAGAGCCAACUCUCCAUCGUCAAAGAAGAAGAGUUUUCACCAAAAGAGGCCACCACCACCGUUUCUGAUGGAGAUGUUGUCAUGGCUGACGAUGAAGCCAGCGCUCAACAGACCACAUCGCCCCUAACCCCUCUCCUCGAAAUAAAAUCCGAGCAGUCAGAGCAAACCAACAUGGCAGAGAUGGAUGUCGAUAUUGCGACUAAGCCUCUUGCAGACAGUGAUGCUAGUGGCGAUAAUAUUACCCCAGCUGUCGUAUCGGCAUCAAAAACCCCCCUCUCUGUUCAACUACCUCCAACGCCGCCGUUGCCUAGUGUCAAUAUUCCCCCACAGAACACUACAAAGCAGGUACUAUCCACUCCUUCAGCAUCUUCGACUUCACCGAUAUCCCCUUUCCAACCUCAGACGCCUAGUCUUCCGGCACCUGCAAACACAACACAGUCAACGUUGCCAACACCUCCAGCACCUUCUACUGGCCGCAAGAAGAUGAGCCUGAGUGACUACACAAGGAAGAAAGCAGAGUCUCUUGAGAAGGACAAGGUUGGCCCCACGGCGAACCAUUUAUCCACUGUUGUAGAUAGUGAACCUGAGGUUAAUGGCGCUCGAUCUUCUACCCCCGCGGAGUCUACAGCGGUGAUGGACCUUGAUCCUCCAAACGCUAAUAUCUUAGCGAAUGGGGCUUGA